AUGGGUGUCAAACUGUACGCUAUGGACUUCAGUCCACCGUCACGAGCUUGUAUGAUGGCAUGUGAGAUCUUUGGCGUACCAUUUGAGAAGAUCCCAGUCAAUCUAUUUAACAAUGAACAUCUCACUCCAGAGUUCUUAGAGAAAAACCCUCUCCACACAAUCCCUGUAUUAGAAGAUGGUGACUUAAUAUUAUACGAUAGCCACGCGAUACUGGCCUACUUAGCUGACACCUAUGCAAAAGAUGAGUCUUGGUAUCCAAAAGACGUCAAAAAACGAGCUCUAGUUAGCCAAAAACUGUUCUUCAAUGUAGCUAUUAUAUUUCGUAGAUUACGAAUCAUAUCAUAUUAUGUAAUACAGAAAGGAAGAAAGACUUUAGAACAAGAUUGGUUGGAUGAUAUUGUUGAAGCCUAUGGAUUUCUGGAAGCAUUUUUAUCCAAAACGAAAUACAUCGCUGCAGAUCACAUCACGAUUGCUGAUUUAGCAAUUUUGAGCUUUCUAACUACUCUCGAAUAUAUUCUACCUGUUGAUGCUAAAAAGUAUCCUAAAACGUCUGCCUGGUUAGAAGAUUUCAAAGCGAAGCCAUAUGCUAAGAAAUAUAAUGAAGAAGGUGCCAAGAUCCUGUUCAAUUAUAUUAAUGACCAUUUAACUUCAUAA